GACUUUUUUUAACUCUCAAGAAAUAUAAUAGAGUAAAAGUCUGAGAUUCCUGAGCCUGCUCGUUGUAUCAGUUUCGCUAGAGAUGGUAUGCAGAGGAAAGAUUGGCUCUGUCUUGUUGCUGUCCAUUGUGACUGUUGGUUGCUCACUGUUUCUUUCUACUUUGGUGCUCGCCUUAAUCGUAACGAGAGAGCAUUACAUAUACUUAAUCGGCAUCUUGAGCAAGGCUUGUGAUACAUGGAAGAUAUGGGGAUUAGUUGAGAAAGUGAUGGUGAGCACUAACCAUAACAUUCCUCGUUCUAUAUGGGUGGCAGUGCUUCAAAUAACAGAGUAUCUGCGUGGAAGUGUGAAGACUGCACAUCCUCAACUGUUAUAUGAGACCAUGAUAUAUAGGGGUUGUUUGUUCAAGAUGAAGUAUGCAAACAUGUCCACGAUAUCUUAUUUGUAUUUUUUUUUUUUUGAGGCUUCUUUCUAUAUUUUGUAAAUAUUUGUGUUCUUCCUAAUAUUGUGUCUUCACUGUAUAUAAAGAAAAAUAAAAUCUAAC